AUGUCGGAGCACAAAUUGACGGAAGUAAUUAAAGGUUUUUACAAUGAAGUUGUUAAAAACCUUGAUUUUGUUUGUGAGGUCAACGACCAUCAGAUGAAUGACCUCCAUCGUGGUAUUAUUGAACAACUUAGUCCUGAAACUAUGAAGAGGUAUUAUGGAUCUGGAUUUUUGGUUCCCGAGAAAGUGGAAGGAUUUAAGAUAGUUGAUUUGGGCAGUGGAUCUGGUAGUUUGGUUUUUGUACUCAGUAAACUAGUUGGUCCUAGCGGAUAUGUCAUAGGAUUUGAUAUCACACCAAACCAGGUUUCCAAAGCCAUAGAGCAAUCUGAAUAUCACUUUAAGAAAUGGGGUUACGAUAAACCUAAUUUUGAAUUCCGUAUUGGUAAUAUUGAACAGAUAAACACUCUAGGUCUACAGGAGAAAUCUAUGGAUCACGUGGUAUCUAAUGGUGCUAUUUGUUUGUGUCCAAACCAAGCAGAGGUGUUCGAAACUGCUUUUAAGUUAUUAAAGGACGGUGGGGAAUUCUCCCUUAGUGAUGUGUAUGCUGAUAGAGAGAGACCUGAAGAACGGUUUAAAGAUCUCAGAUUGUUCUCUCUUGGUACCACAGGAUGUAUGCGAUUCGAUGACUUAGAAAAGAUUUGUGAUCGAGUUGGCUUUACCAAACCAUAUUUGGUUAAUGCUGCACCAGUUUCUUUUAGUACUGAGGAACAGAGGAAAACUGCUGGUAAUGCUGAAGUUGUGUGUGCUGAAUGGAGACUCUUCAAAUUGCCAGCUGGUGCUAAACGUUCUGCAGCGGAAGUGACGUAUAAUGGUAAUAUAACUGGUGCUGAUGAUGUCUUUAGAUGGGACGUAUCAACCGUCUUCAAGAAAGGUACACCAAUAACAGUGGAUUCAGAUUUGGCAACAAUUCUCGAAAACUCACGAUUUAAGGAUAGUUUUGCCUUUAAAGACACGUCUGAUGCUGUCAUGACACCAAGUGUAUGUAUUUCACUCUUAAUGCAGCAAAUAUGUGUACCAUGA